AUGAAUGAACAAAGUAGGGGGAAUCUCUCCACUCUCUCAUCAUCAACAAUAAACGGAAGACAAAAUAGUAGGGAAUUUUCAACAGCUAGUAGUGUAAAUAGUGAGUCACCAUUGAUUAAGCAACAGAGCUUAUCGGAAUAUGAGACGAAAACACAAAUACCACUCUCUAUUUCAAUAGUUUCUGGAUUGCAAUUAGCUGAUUCGAGUGGUGAAUUUAAAGAGAAUGCUUCUCCUAUUCACAUACCUUUACAGAAUGAUAAGAAACCAGUAGAGAUGGAAAAGGAUGAAGAUCUGGUGGUUGUAAAGGCAAAAAAAGGAAGAUUAAGAUUCAAUUUUACAAUAGGAGAAGCCAUUACAUUUGUGGCAUGGAUUAUGGUCAUUGUGUUUGUAGCUUGGUAUAUCAGUAAUUCCAUUAGUAAUUAUGUCACUUCUUUGGGUAAUCCAACAACCUCAUUGGCGUAUGUGGAGUCUUUACCUCUCUACUAUCCUGCUAUUACGGUUUGUAAUUGGAAUGCUGCUUUGGAUUGUGAUUAUUGUAAUCUUACACUAAUGUAUUCAACAACAGUCAAUCAAGAGUAUGGAACUAUUGAGCAGUUUGAACUUCCUCACACCAUAACAGAGAUUGAACAAAAUGGCCAAUAUUUUACUUGUUACGUAUUUAAUAAUGAUACUCAGAACCUAUUGGCAGCCAAUGCAACUGGUUAUGGAGGCACCAUUAGUUUAUUCUUUAGAGUACCACUAGCUCCAGUGGAACGAGAUGCUAGAUUCGGGUUGCAAGUUUCUUUCCACGAACCUGGUACAGUCCCACCAGUGUUUGCAGAAACAAAUUUUGCAAUCUCCAAGGUUGAUAAUUAUUUCGUCCUUACAAAAUAUGUCACUACUCGAUUGAAGCCAACAAUUGAAGAUCCGUCUCUUGUUUCAGUUCGGUGGGAAUCAAAACUCUCUAUCGUCAAAUUGACUGAGGUUGAAAAAGAUGUAGUUGUCAUUUCGUUUGCUUACUCCUCUCUCAAUGAGAACAGAAUUACAGAAGUGUUAACCUCUAGCAUUGAAGGUCUUUUGGGAGAAAUUUCAGGAAUGGUGGGUAUGAUGAUGGGAAUUGAUGUACUCAAAUUAUUGAGAGGAGGAUUAGAAAUACCCUAUGCUGUUCAUCACAAGACUUUAAGAGGUAUUUGGGAAAUAUUCAAUUGA